CUUAUAUCGUACGAUCUGUUUGAUUGGACAGUAAUUGUAAAUGACAUAUAUCACGACCAAUACAAACUCAUAUUUGUUAUAGGCUUGUUACUAACAAUGAAGUAUGGCCGCAUUUGUGUAUCUUUCCAAAGAAGUGUUAUCAGGGUUUGAUAAUUACAAAGUAUGUAGUUCUUUCUUCAGAAAUUCAUCAAGCCAAUAUUAUUUUAAAAAGGGGAAGAUAUUUUAUUCCAUCAUUUUAUUAUAUAGAAAUCUGUAAUAUUAAAAAUAUUAGACAUAACUAUUCCCUCUGCUUACUUGCUGCAUGGUCAUGCUUCAUUUCAGUUCACAGUCGAGUUAACAAAUCUCAGAUCUAUUGAUUUGUUUAACUUAGUUGCUAGCCAGACCUGGUGAUGAAAUAAUAAAUGUAUAUAUAUAUUAUAGAAGGCAUAUAUUGCUUUAUUAUUUACUAUUAAUUAGCAUAUGAAAACUAUAAUAAAUGUUCAUCUGAAUUGUGUAAAGAAAGUUUUAAUAUUUAUUGUACUUGUACAACUUAGAACUAUUAAUAAAUAUUUUUAUAAUUUAUAUUUAGCUUUAACUUAUUAAGCAUUUAAAUUUAACUUAGUAGUAGUUCACUUAGGACUUAGAAACUUAGAAGCUAAGAAGGCCUACUACUAGCCAGUGCUAGUAAUUGCCUUUAGCCUUUAGGUCUGCACUAAAAAAAAUUAUAACUUUUGAGCCACUGGAGUUGGAGCUAGAAAGUUGAUCUUUGAUUGAUUGAUUGGAUAUUUAUAUAGCGUGGUAUCCAUGCUACUUUAGCAUGCUUACUGCGCUAUGGUGUUCUUAAAUCUAUUUAAUUUAAAGAAAAAAGUCUUUAAAUGUUUCAUAAAUGAUUUUUUAUCAUUUUAUAAUCGCCUUAAAGACAUUAAAGAUUGAGGCAAAUUGUUCCAGAAUUUAGGCACUAUUGCUUCAAAAGAGCGACACCGUAAGACUUUUUUUUCUGUGUUCAUCCACACUAGGAAUUUUCAGUGCAGACUGUUGACGUUGAAAAUCGCAUGUUUAUAAAUCAGUUCUUUAAGAUAUUCCUGUGCAGAGCCUUCUAUGCAGCUGAUGGAGAUCUUGUAAACCAUUCAAUUGUAUACAUCUGUAUUGCACCUACAUUUUUAAAAAUGUUUAGAAAAUAUACACCGAAAUAAUUUAAUUAUGUGCAUUAAGAUUAGGUAAACAUUUCUAUACAGUAUAUAGCAUUUUGUUGUUGUUUAUUUAAUGUAGGUGUUAUGACAUGCACGCUGACAGUUUACUCCCUAUUAAAAUAAUAAAAAUGUAAAAUAUAUUUAAAAGCAAUUUUUCAUUUUUUGUUAUAAAAGUCAAUUUACAAGGUUCAAAGGAAUUUUUAUAAGAAAUGCAUCCUUGUUGAUAAGCCAAAACGAUGCCCGGUAAAAAAAACCAAACUGGUAUGCAUUGCCAGAAAUGUUGUCUUUUCAUUGGUUAAGAUUAGUAAUAAUACAUUCAUGGCUUUAUACAGUUAAUGCGCUAUGUAACCAAUUUUAUUACCUUAUUGAAGUACCAGUAUGUCAUUUACUUCAAUCAUGUCACCAUUUCCCGGUUUAUUUCAACAUAAAUUUCUAUGGAGGGGAUUCCUCUCCCCAAUUUUUAAGACAGAAAUAAUUAAUUUUUUUUUAAAAAUUGUUGGGCUACAUAUCAAAUAUUUAUAGAGCUCAAAAUUCUUAUCUUUGAAAUAAGGAUCAUGUAAACAUAUACAUUGUAUAUUUCAAUUUUAUUUAACAAUUUCAUUUUUUAAUAUAGCCAAUCAUGGCAGUUGCAAAACGAAGGCAAAACUUGUCACCCAGCCUUGCACACAGCUUUACAGUGAAUUCUGCUUAUUACUUUUUUCUUCAUGUUUUCUGUGAUAUAAUUAAUGUAACUGUAGAAAAUUAUAAAAAUCUCCUUUCAACCACUCUAAAACUGAUCACUCGGCUAAAUCCCCUGAAAUAUUUCCCCCAAAAAAUUUCAGAUGAACAAGUAUAUAUGCUACUUAUCUAACUAUAUGUGAAGGAUAGUUGGGAAGGAAAUAUAACAACUUUUAAAAAUAUAAUUUAAUUGAAAUACUAAAUUUUAAAUUCCCAUUUUCUUUGAAGUUAUUUUUUUGAACUUGAUAAGGUUAACAUUUUUUUUUUUAAGCACACAUUAAACAUGGCUAUUGUUCUAUAAAUAGAAAAAUCUAAGCUUUCCCAACAAAAAAAUUAAAAACAUUUUUCUUAGUAUGCUUAUUGUUAAUAAUGUGAAUGAAAUUGAAUUAUUUUCAAAUGUUUUUUUUAGUACAGUGCCAUUGACACUAGUCCCGUCAGCAAUUAUAUUUGUCACCCCUUCUGGAACUCAUGUGUGAAGGUACUAGUUUUUAUGUAAAAAUAUUUAUGCUAUCUCAGUUAGCUUAGAAAUCUUGUAAUUACAUUGAAUAAAUGCAUUAACAUAAAAGAGAUAAAGUUGGAUUUUCACUAUUUACUGCCCAAAUAUAAAAUUUUAAAGCUCCUAGUAGCACAGAGAAAUAAAAUGGUAAAAGUUUCAUAGUUACUUUUACCAAAUUCAUGAUACCAGGUCUUGUAUAUUUUAACCCUCUUUUAUCUACAGAUUGUGCCAUUAUGGAUUGCUCCAAAUGUCCUUACACUGACAGGAUUCCUCUUGUUGUUACUGAAUUUUGUUGUUAUGACUUAUUAUGACCCUCACUUCUAUGCAGCAUGCAGGGACCAUCCAGAUCACCCUCCUAUUCCCAAUUGGGUCUGGCUUAUGGGUGCAAUCAACACAUUUUUGGCACACACCCUCGGUAAGUUUUUUUUAAAAAAAUCUCUUUUUCUAUUAAAUUUUUUUUAAAAUUGAUCCAAAAGCAAGUGUAACUCUGUAAAGUAAAUUUUAAAAACCUGUUUCUCAGUUGGUUAAAUAAAAUGUGUCAUUAUGAACAUGUCUAUGUGAUAAGAUAUUUGUACACACAUAUUUCAGUGUAUUUGGAUCUGUACAUAAUUCAGUAAUCUUGGAUUCCAGUGUCUAAGAAACCAGGCCUCUUUUUUUUUCUUUGACUGUGCUAAUUAAUUAAAUUAUUGCUUAAUUUUUUUCAGAUGGAAUAGAUGGAAAGCAAGCAAGGCGAACCAAGUCAUCAUCACCUUUAGGUGAAUUAUUUGAUCAUGGGUUGGACAGCUGGGCCACACUUUUCUUGCCAGUGGCUGUCUUCUGUAUAUUUGGAAGAGGAGAGCAUGGGGUCUCUGUAUUUCGUGUCUUCUUGUGUGUUGUUGGCAUCAUGAUGUGUUUUGUCAUCAGCCACUGGGAAAAGUACAAUACAGGUGUUUUGUUUCUACCAUGGGGAUAUGAUAUAGGGCAAAUAGUAAGUACAAGUUAUAAUCUGUUUUGUUUCUAAACAUCAAAUAUGUCACAUCAUAUAUAGGAUUUCAAAAAUAUAUUUUUUACAAAAGAUUCAUUAUAAUAUCUAGUUGUUCAAAAGCCUAAUCCUGAGGCUCAAUUCAUAAUUUAAGUUUACAUUAUUUCCUGACUUGAAAAUGAGAUGGUAUCAUUCCAUGCUCUAAUACUUAGGAUCAUAUUUAAUUUAGUAUCACUCAGGUUUUAGUUUUACUAAGUAAGAUAAGUGACUUUAAUUUGAAUCAACUACCUUUUUGCUUAAUCUGGACCAGUGCUUCCUAACCUGUAGUUUGCAAAAAUUAUGUUGAUAGUGCCAGAAAACAGCAAAAAUAGUUGUGUUUUUUUACACCUGUUGAUUUACAAUAAGCUAUAUUUCAAUGUAGGGAGAGGGUACUCAUAAAUAAAAAAUCUAAUCAAGGGGUAUUGGAGAAAAAAAAGGUUGGGAGCCACUGCUCUAGAUGUUGGCAUAAAUCUGCUUAUGUUGAAUGCUUAUUGCUUUUAGUUUCUACAUAAUUCUGCUCCUAUUUUGGCAGGCCAUGACUGCAGUCUAUUUAAUAACAUUCAUAGGAGGCCAUGACUUCUGGAAGUUUCGGUUACCUCUUGUCAACUGGUCUCCAGCAGAAGCUUUUGAGAUUUCUUUAUACUGUAAGUUUAAUCGCAACUAAAAUUUUAGUUUGUUAAUUUAUUUAUUUUUGUGGCGUUAAAAUAUUAUUUCCAGUAUUAAACACCUCUCAAAAUUGCCCUGAAAUUUCACUGUUUUAUUUUAUUUUUCAGUGGGAUUCAUUAUUUUAACAUAUCCUUUCACCUUUUAUAACAUCUAUAGGUAAGUAAAUGUCUUGUUCAGCUACCCAUGUUAAAUAUUUUCCUAUCAAGUCCUCUAGAUAAAUAGUUUUUAACACUGUAGUCUUCCUUAUUAUUAAUAACCCUCUAGAACUUAUAUAACAUAUUAUAUUGUUUUAUUAUCUUAACUUAAUUGACAGAGCUUACAAAGACAAAUCAGGGAAGAUGUUAUCUUUUUCUGAAGGAAUGCGUCCUCUUGUAUCAACAUUAAUUUUGUUCUGCCUAAUGAUCUACUGGGCGUACGCAUCUUCGUGUGACAUCCUUGAACUACAACCUAGGCUUUUUUACUGGACAACAGGAACAGCUUUUUCACAUAUAGCCGUGAGCUUCUUUUGAAUGUUUUUUUUUUUUAGUUUUUCUGAGUACUGUAAUUUUUCUGCGCAUUUGUGAAUCAGUUUCUUCCAUGACUUUUUUGUGAACAUCUUUUAAAAAAUUUGCUGUAACAGAAAUAUUUUUUUUUAAAAAUAUAGAUUUUAACCUCUUAAAAUGUUUUUUCUUUAUUAAAGUAAAAAAGAUAUUUUUAUUCAGCUUCUAAAAUAAACAAACCAGUAAGCAGCAAGGGUAUAAGCACUUAAGAUACUGAAGUAGUUCAGAUAGGAAAUAGAUCAGGGCUGUUUGAGCUGCCAAACACAGCAUAAGCACAUUCUCUAACAAAGUCUCAUAGUCCUCAUCAUGUUGUGAGGUAAAUUGUUGCGUAUUAUCUAUUGUUUGUAGAUUCUCACUGAUAUUUACCUAAGAACUAUUACCCUGUAAAUUUACAAUAAUAAGGACACCCGUUUGGUUUUGUUUCAUUAUGUAAUAAUUUCUUUGGCAGACGAGCACCACUUAGUUUUCUUUUAAUUUUGGUAAUCAUAUUUUUAUCUGUUUUAAAUGUUCAAAUAAGUUUAAAAUGAGAAAAACUUUGGUAUAGGGCUAUCCAUAAUUAUGUACACACUUAGGGGGAGGGGGAGUGUUAGUUGAUUUUGUAGAUUUUUGUGGCGGGUUGUAUGUGACCGGGGGGGGGGGGGGGGUGAAGGAGUUGUUUUUUUUUUUUUUUAAUAAAUCAUCCAUCAAAUAAACGACAUCAAUAAAUCAUCCAUCAAAUAAACGACAUCAAUAAAUCAUCCAUCAAAUAAACAACAUCAAUAAAUCAUCCAUCAAAUAAACGAAAUUGAAAUUUUUUGCAUACUGUACAUAAUAUAGUGAUGGUUCCUAUUUAAAUAACUCACAUUUAAACUAUAAGUACAUCAUACAACAAAAUAAAUAUCUGAUUAUCAGUUUUGAUUUGAUCAAAAAUAGAUUUUUGUGCAAAAUAGUUUGCAAUCAAUUUUGUUUUUAAAAUAUAUUUUUAAAAAUUUGAUGGGACUUACCUUUUACACCUGAGGUAUUUUAGAACAAAAAUGCAUACAUAAAAAUAUGAAUGAUUUUUAUAUAUAUAUGGAUAAACAAAUAAUCCCAGGAAAUCUUUUCUUUGUUUCCAGUGCUAUUUAAUUAUAGCUCAGAUGAGCAAUACACGUUGUGAGCUGAUCAACACAUCACUGUUACCUCUCAUCACUAUAGUGUGUUUGGUAGGUGUCCUGCAUUUAGGCAUCACUGAGGUCUAUUUGCUCUGGGCAUAUUGUAUCUAUAUUUCAGUCAAGCAUGUCAUGUUUGGGGUAUAUGUGGUGAGUAGAAAACAUUUAAGAAAUAUUGAUGUUAAUAUGACUUUGUCACUUUACUUGUAAUCUUAACUUAGAUAUAAGAAGCAAAUUUUUACUCCCAAAAAUAUUUCCAGAUUGUCAUAUAAAAUUAUUUUAUAAAAGGGAUUACUUCCAUCAAAGAGAUGUUAAUUUUGUCUUUUAUCGAGAUCGUAAUUUUUAAAAUUGUUAAAGAUUAUACUAAGAUAUUUAAAAAAAAAUUUUUUUAAAAUAUGUAUUCUUAUAAAAAUAAUAAAAUAUACAUUUGUGGUUCUAAAAGUAUCAAUUUUAUUAAAUUCUUCAUUGAUUCAUUAGGUUUCUUUUAUAAUAUAUUUGCGCUUGUACUAUAAUAUAAUUUUUGGUUUAUUUUCCUAUCAGGUGAGAGAAAUGUGUCAACAUUUUCAAAUUCAAGCAUUUUCUCUAUCAAAAAUUAACGCCAAAGUUAACAGUAACAGCCAUAAAGAUAAAUAAAUCUUUAAAAUGCAUGUCAGGGGACAACUACAGUGCAAGCAUGUGAACCAAUUGCUGAUGUGUAACUGGAAUCUUUUGCACACAACCAAUAUAAGUUUGAAAAACCACAUUUGAUCCAUUAGGUUGUCUCCAUGAAAACAUUACAUCAGUUUGUUUAACAUAAACUAAAGAGUUUCCAUCUGUUGCAUUCUAGCAGUUUAUCAAAAAUGAGGCAACUUCUGAAAAUAUUUCUUGUAUUGCUAUUUUAAAACUUGUUAAAAGCAAAAUUUCCAGACAUUUUUGGGGGGGUUAUCUGUACCUGUCAUAUAAUAAUCAGUGUGUUUAGAUAUAUUUGCAAAGCUGUGGGAUGAGCUUUGUUAUAUAAUUCUUAAAGCUAUAUAUAUAUAUCUGUCUUUUGAAAGAAUAAAACCCUUUUUUUACAAGCCUUGUUGAAUUUAUUUAAACAUUUCUUUUUUGAUUGAUUUAUUUAUUGUUUUUUUGUUGUUGUUUUUUUCUUUUCUUUUUUAGCCUAGCCCCACCCAAUGAAAUUAUCUCCCUUGUGUUGUAAUGACUGUUUUGUUAAAGUACAAUUUAUCAUCUAAAUUUUAAACUGCCCAAGGAAGUUAGUUUUUUUUAUAUAGAUUCUCACCCACUCCUCAUAUCAGUCUUAUUCACAUUAGCAUAAACCAAACGUAUGUACCUCCGGAUAGUCAAGUAAUAUCAUGGUUAUUCAUUCAUAAGGCGAAGUGCCUAAACAAAAUCAACACCUUGGAAUAGUCCUCUCAACACAUCAAAAAAAAAAAAAACAGGUGUUGGAAUGAUUAAUUAAAGUUAAGAAAUUUAAUACUGCUACUUACUACUUGUUCAGUAAAGUACUUUCCGAUCUUCAUGCCAAUGUUAAUUAAUAUUUUGUCUGAUGAAUAUGGUUAAUUAUUUUUUCUCAGCAUAAUUUAUGACCAUCAAAAUGAAAAACAAUUUACCUUUUAAUGGGCCAUAUUUUAAAUUUAACUUAUCUCUUGUAGUAUGGUAGUUACAAAAAUUAUGUGGCAGUUUUGACCUACUUUUUGUAAACCUCUCAAAAAACAUUUUUAAUAGAUGUUUCUGAAACACUUGCCAUUAGAUCGUUUUAUCUCAGAUUUUCAACAAUCCCAUAUUGCAAAAAUAGAGUAGUCUUAUCACACGUCUGUUAACUAAUAAAUUUUCAAUCUGCACAUUUUUUUAAACCUUCAUUUUUAAAAAAAGAUAUAUCUACCAUUUUUAUAUCACUUGAGCAUUUCAAUGAACUGUGUUCAUAUCUAGGUAUUGGUAUUUUGCAUCCUUUUUUAAUAUAUAUUUUUUCUCUUGAUGAUAUCACUACUUCACUUGAAAGAAAAUGUGCUUGCUUAUUAUGCUAUGCUGUUGUCAGUAUUUAAUCAAAACAUCAUACUUCAGCUAGCAGUAAAUAUUUGACACCAUCCUACUUAUUGACUAUUGUGUAAAUAUACUUCACACAGCACCAUGUAUACUGCUUUUUUGUGGGUGAAUGAAAACCUUGAAGCUGUUAUCAACAACAUUUAUAAUGUGCAGGAUUUUUAUCUGAUCUGCCAAGAAAUCUAAGAUUUUUGGAUAAAGAACACCAUCUUCUAUAGGCUUGUGAGUUACCAUUUUAAACUUAACAAAAGUAAACAUUCUUUUACUUUUGCAAAUACGGGGUAUCAGAUUCUGUUAGCAGAGGGGAUAGUACUUAUUUAGCAAGCUGCCAUCCAAAUGGGUAAUUUAUUGGUGCACCUAUCUGAAAUCCUUUCAUUUUUCAAACCAGAUUUUAUUUAUUAACCUUUUCAUUUUUUUUAAAAAGAAUAUAAUUAUACUUUCUGUUCAAUUGGUGCUAUAUAAAAAUAGAUUAUAAAAAAUAAAAGGUGUUAUUUUUGAGAUCGGGAGUUGGAUUGUUAUGCUGUUGAACAUGAAAUUUAAAAAAGUAAUGAGUGGACUUGAAAUCAUCAAUAUAAUGAAAGAUAUGAUUUUUAAAUCCAGUGGUACAAACAGUAUAUCUGUGAGUACUGGUCUAUAGACAUUUGUCUCUUAUAUAUCAUACUGAGCACAUUCAUUUUGUAAAUUAUGAAGAACAAGCCAAGGAAUGCUAUUAAUGUUGGCCAAUUGUCAAACGUGGCUCUUUCCUGCUCUCAGUGGACAAAAUGUAUUUUGAGUUUGAGUGCCUAUUGAAGAAAGUAACUGUCAGGCACGCAAACCUUUUAGCUUUCCCAGUUGGUGAAUUUGUUUUCUAAUGUAUGUAUUCAUUCUGAGAUCCAUGUAUUGUAUCUCAAGCUACACCCAUACUAUUUAAAAAAUUCAAACUCCUUUUUUUUUCUCCCAUUGUAUGCUGAACUGUAUCUUUGUUAUUUUAUUUUUUUCUACUCACAAAAGUACUUGUAAGAACUGAUAUGAAAACCAGUAUUUGCAUGUCAAAACCAUCUGGAUCUCAGUCUUAGAAUGACUUCCAAUUUGUGAACUGAAUAAAAAGGAAAUACGAAUUAUAAUAU